AUGCCAGGCAAACGUGGUGGUGGCGGAGGGAUCGACAUCGGGCUCAUCUUUGCUCAUAAGAUCCUCACCGUUCUCUUCCUGCUCAGCACCGUCGGAUGGAUCGUCGCCUUCAUCGGCCAGUGCGCCGCUGAAGCCGGCUCUGGUGGCCACCAAGGUGUGCUGUGGUUCGCCAUCUUCCUCCAGCUCUUCCUCAUCAUCGCCAAGUACCUGCUCGUCAUGACCGACUCGCUCGGCACCUCUCGCCUCCAGCUCACUACCUUCACGGCAGUCGCACUCGUCUUCAGCGUCAUCGGCAUCAACUCGGGCAUCUAUUCUUCCAACUCUUCCGAAGAGGCCGUGGCCGCAGGCUGGUUCCUCAUCACGCUCACCAACGUUGUCUGGUUGCUUUUCCUCACCACCGAGGAGGAGUCGGCGCUCUACCCGAUUGUCAACAUUGCCAACGCCGGUGUGACACCGCCUGCGGCCAGGACGAGUGGGCGAUACAAUGGUGGCGGUGGCCAGUCGAUGAGGAUGGCCGGCGGAGGUGCUGGAACUGGACUCGGUGGAGGCUACGGUGCCGGCAACGGUAGUGCCUACUCUGGUGGCUUCCAGGGCGGUGCUGGUGGAUACCAGCCUGCCUACGGCAACAGUCCUUCGGCUGCCGACAUUACGACCGCCAACGGAACCGGUCUGGGCGCACCCAAAAUCUCGUCUGCUGCUUCCAUCCGCAGCCGUGGUGCUAACGACACGGGCGUGGGAGGCGUUGGCGGCGUCUCGCAAGACGCCCCCAGCGUCGCUUCGCACGGCGCACCCGCCAGCCCAGCUCAGCCUGGUACCAAGAGCUCCGAUCUGCCAGAUUAUGGCUACAAAGCUCGUGCGCUCUAUGCUUACCAGGCCAACGCGGAUGAUCCUACUGAGAUCAGUUUCAGCAAGGGUGAGGUGCUCGACAUUGUCGACAACUCGGGCAAGUGGUGGCAGGCGAGGAAGAGCAACGGCGAAACGGGCAUCGUGCCGAGCAACUACAUGCAGCUUCUAUGA